AGGAAUAUGCAUUGUUAGCUAAUACAUUGCACAUUGCCAUGGCAACUUACAUACUUACAGAGAAAUUUACAAAGGGCAUUCACAGUUCUUUGGGGUGUGAUCUUUUGAGCCAAAGGAGCCGGUGGCGUAUUCUGAUUUUACUGACAAGGGGAGAGAGGUAGAGGUUAAAUGACUUACCCAGGCUCUCGCUGUCUGGAAGUAAUUAAGCAACUCUAGAAUUGAGGCCUCAGGACCCUUGCACCAGUGCUUUUUCCACUGGGGCCUUGCGUGUUUGCACGUUUUUAUAAUGUACGAAUCACUGUUUUGUGACAAAAAGGGAGUUCCACUGGAUCUUUAAACAGACUUUUAUUGACUCUUAAAUUGUCCUCUAAUACUGUUGACAUUUCUACCCAUGCCUUGGGGGAUUUUUUAAAAAUUAUUUUUUUUAAUGUUUUAUUCCUUUUUGAGAGACAGGGAGAGACAGAGUGUGAGCAGUGGAGGUGCAGAGAGAGAGAGAGAGGGAGACACAGAUUCCGAAGCAGGCUCCGGGCUCUGAGCUGUCAGCACAGAGCCCGACACGGGGCUUGAACCCACAGACCACAAGAUCAUGACCUGAGCCGGAGCCAGAUGCUUCAUGGACUGAGACACCCACGUGCCCCGGCCUUGGGUGAUUUUUUAUCUGCAGUCAAACUUGACCUCCUUCACACUGAAGAGUCCCAAAUCUGUAUCUUCUACCCAACUUCUCCUAACUCCAAACUGCUAAAUCCAGACAUCCACUGAUCAUUUGGGUAUCCACUUGGAUGUUCUGCAGGCAUCUCAAACUCACUGUCUCCUCAACUGCACACAUUACAUUUCUCCACGAACCUAUGUUCCAGAUCUAAUGAUGGAAAUCCUUAUUCAGUCGGUCGCCCAAGCACAAACCUGGCUUGGUUUCUGCUCUCCCUUCCUACAAGUGGGCAAGUGAGGUUUCUAGGCCAGGAGCGGGCGUGGUGGGGGGGGGGGCGGUGGUCAGUGGAUAGAAAAUUAGGUUUGAUGAAGAGUGGACAGUCACAGAGGAAUAUGGUAAGUUGAGUUCCAGGAAAUUGAAGUUAACAGGAAACUUAGCAAGGCAUGUUUGUUAGGAUUCUUCUUGGCAUCCUUUUUUCUUUGCAGGUGAUGCUCCUUCUGGGUUUAGGGAGGGUACCUCAUAUAUGAGGAUUUUAUGACCUAUUUCAGGGAAGACGAGUCAGGUGGUGAGGCUAAAGUGACCUUCCUGCUUUUGACAGUGUCUCAGACUCCUUUAGCUUAAAAUAUUCACCAUGCUAAGUUGCUAUAUUUUGGGGGUGGUGCAUCCUGAACCCUGUCACAUUCAGCAGUUAGCUAGCUAUCGAUUGUUAUGUGCCCGAUCUUAUUUUAGGCCCUGGGGGUACAGCAGGGACCAGAACCAAGUCCUUGCUCUUGUGGAGUUUAUGUUCCUUUGGGGUAGGCUACUAAAGAAAUCAGCAAAUAAAGACCAUCCAGUGAUAAGUGCUGUGAAGAAAACAAACAGAAUAAGGAUCUAUACGGUUACUUGGUUUUUUAGUAAAGUUGUAUUAAUUUACCUUGCUCACAGGAGUGCACGAGAGGGUCGAUUCUCAUUUUGUCAUCUGUGAAUACGAUCAUUCAAAAGUUUGUUACUUUGAGAGGUGAACAGUGAUAGUUCCUUGUAGUUUGCAUGUCUUUGAUUACUCAGGAAGUUGAAAACUGCACACAGCCAUUUGUAUUAGUGCUUCAUGGAAUUUUCUCUGUGUGUGUGUGUGUGUGUGUGUGUGUGUUCUCUGCUCUGUUUAUUUUCCUGUUGAGUGGCUAGUGUUUUCCUCUAUUUUGAAUAAGCUCUUUAUAUUACUUAUCUAUUAUUGAGUCGUUUGUGUGUAAAAAUUUUAAUGUUUAUUUUUGAGAGAGAAUGCAGGGAAGGGGCAGAGAGGAAGGGGACAGAGAAUCUGAAAGGGCCUCUGUGCUGCCAGCAGUGAGCCAGACACGGGGCUUGAACUCACAAACCAAGAGAUCAUGCCCUGAGCCAAAGUCAGUCGCUCAACCAACUGAGCCACCUAGGUACCCCUUUUAUUAGUUUUUAUUUUCUUUUAAUUUUUAAAACUGUUUAUUUAGACAAACACUCUUAAACAGUGGUAUAGUGACUGUAGGAAGAAAGAAAAAGCAGGAGGCCUGGAAUUGCCUUCUUCUCUGCCCUUCCCCCGCCUUGCUUCUAAUACAGUGAGGCAUAAGGGAGCAGAGAGGGGAAGAAGUGAGUUCAGGUAGAAGGAAAGAAAGAAAGAAGAGGCAGGUGGGCAGUGAGAAGAUUUGGUGAGACCGGAAGGGAGCAGGUGGGAAGAGGCCAGAGGAACGGUAACAAGGAACAGGAGUGAGGGAAGGAAAUGGGCAGGAUGGGCAGAUGGAAGGCGUCAUGGGGCCUCUACACAAUUACCUUGGGUACUGACCUUUUUCUUUUUCUGCUUCUAUUAAGCUAGCAAAUCCCUAGGAGAAGAUGACCGUGUUCUUUAAAACACUUAGAAAUCAUUGGAAGAAAACUACAGCUGGGAUCUGUCUGCUGACAUGGGGAAGCCAUUGGCUGUAUGGAAAACACUGUGAUAACCUGCUAAGGAGAGCUGCCUGCCAAGAAGCUCAGGUGUUUGGCAACCAACUCAUUCCUCCCAAUGCGCAAGUGAAGAAGGCCACGGUUUUUCUCAAUCCCGCAGCUUGCAAAGGCAAAGCCAGGACUCUAUUUGAAAAAAAUGCUGCCCCAAUUUUACACUUAUCUGGCAUGGAUGUGACUGUCGUUAAGACUGAUUAUGAGGGCCAAGCCAAGAAACUCCUGGAACUGUUGGAAAACACAGAUGUGAUCAUUGUUGCAGGGGGAGAUGGGACACUGCAGGAGGUUAUUACUGGAGUUCUUCAAAGAGCAGAUGAGGCUUCCUUCAGUAAAAUCCCCAUUGGAUUUAUCCCACUGGGACAGACCAGUAGUUUGAGUCAUACUCUCUUUGCCGAAAGUGGAAACAAAGUCCAACAUAUUACAGAUGCUACACUUGCCAUUGUGAAAGGAGAGACCAUUCCACUCGAUGUCUUGCAGAUCAAGGGUGAAAAGGAAAAGCCCGUGUUUGCAGUGACCGGCCUUCGAUGGGGAUCCUUCAGAGACGCUGGCGUCAAAGUUAGCAAGUACUGGUACCUUGGUCCCCUAAAAACCAAAGCGGCUCACUUCUUCAGUACUCUUAAGGAGUGGCCUCAGACUCAUCAAGCCUCUAUCUCGUACACGGGACCCACAGAGAGACUUCCCAGUGGAGCAGAAGAGACCCCUCCCCGGCCCUCUUUGUACAGGAGAAUCCUGCGAAGGCUCGCGUCCUACUGGGCCCAACCGCAGGACGCCCUGUCCCGGGAGCUGAGCCCCAAGGUCUGGAAAGAAGUGCAGCUGUCCACCAUCGAACUGUCCAUCACCACACGGAACAGCCAGCUGGACCUGACGAGCAAAGAAGACUUCAUGAACAUCUGCAUUGAACCCGACACUGUCAGCAAAGGAGACUUCAUAACCAUAGGAAGCAAAAAGGUGAGGGACCCCAGGCUGCGGGCGGCUGGCACCGAGUGUCUCCAGGCCAGCCAGUGCACCCUGCUGCUUCCUGAGGGCACGGGGGGCUCGUUCAGCAUCGACAGCGAGGAGUACGAGGCGAUGCCCGUGGAGGUGAAGCUGCUGCCCCGGAAGCUGCAGUUCUUCUGCGACCCCCGGAAGCGGGAGCAGCUGCUGCCGCGCUCGGCCCAGUGAGCGCCCAGGGAGCGGCGGCACCCCCGGUGGGACCAAAAGGGAGCAGAGGCCUCGGCAAGUACCCGCCCCUCCCCGCCGCGCAUGCUCCUCCUUCCGUGUGACCACUGUCCCCCUCCGUGGCGCCGUCCCCCCCGGGGGCCCGCGUGCGGUGGAGGGAAAGGGGCCCGACCUCGCGCCGGCCCCCAGGUGCAGCCGGGCUUCUCCAUGGGUGCUGCUGCUUUCUGAGCUCAGAUUCGAAUGUCGCUGGUCUCCGUCCUCCCCUCAGUCCAGAAACCUGUGAGGUGUUUCCCCCUCAGCCGCGAUGCUGUAAGAUACUAGUUUGUAUUAUUUUUUCCAGUAGCGCUUAAGUAUUGGUUUGCAUGAGAACCACCGGGGGGUGCAUGCUGAAAACCUAGCAACUCAAGCUGGGGGUGGAGCCCCGGGAUCUGCAUUUCUAAUUAAAAGCCCAGGUGCUUCUACUCCAUGCGUCCCCCAGCCUUGCUGGUCAGUGUGGUAAAGCACACCAGCCACCGUUCACGCACCCCUACGAGUAUUUUGGAAGAUCGUGUAUCCCUCACACUUUCUAGAUAUCAACUUAAGAGUUGCCAGUAUGUGUAUUUCCUGGUGUCAUGUAAAUAUUGGUUAUUUUAAAAUAAAGCUGUUAUAUCACUCUUUUAAA